CGUAGACGCGCACACCAAAACAGGCGUUGACAAGAGCCGCACAUUUUGUUUUGAGGCUCGUUUUUUAGGUCGACUACACCAUGUUCUAAAGUUAAAACCCAUCGUUCACUUCAAAGUGUUGACAUGUUUUGCGUGACAACAUCCACAGCAGUUGCCGGACAGUGGAUCCAGGGCGGGUGUAGAUGGUAGGAGCAUUACGACCUCCGGUCUGCUGUGUUUGCUGCUGGACGCUGAUGUUCGCCAUCCUGACCAGAUCCAGACACGCCUUUUGUUGUCCUGCUGCAACGACUAGCCGCCGCUAGCACCGCAGCAUCUAGGAAGACACCGAGGACCAGCUCAGCCUUUCUGGAGGAUUAGUCGUAGACCACUGGACCCGCAGCGACUGGACAACCGACCGCAAGGAUGAGCAGUGACGAACCAAGCCCCGCCGCCUUGCCGGAGCCGGUGGAGGAUGUGCACGGAGACGGGAGAUGGAUGUCCCAGCACACGCGGUUCGUCCAGGAGUGUAAGGAUGCUGAACCAGACGUCCUAUUCGUCGGAGACUUCAUGAUUCAGCUGAUGCGGCAUCAUGAUAUCUGGAGGGAGCUGUUUUCUCCGCUUCACGCUCUGAACUUCGGGAUCGGCGGAGACACGACCUGUAACGUCCUCUGGAGGCUCCAGAACGGAGAACUGGACAACAUCAAACCCAAGGUGGUGGUCCUGUGGGUCGGCACCAACAACCACCAGCACAGCGCGGAGCAGGUGGCCGAGGGGGUCCUGGCCGUGGCCCGACUCCUCACCUCACGCCUGCCCAGGGCCAAGGUCAUCAUCAUGGGCCUGCUGCCGCGCGGGGAGCGCCCGAACCCCCUGAGGGAGAAGAACGCGGCGGUCAACGCGCUGCUGCGCGCGCGCCUGCCGCGGCCCGGCCCCGUCCUGCUGCUGGACGCCGGCGCCGGCCUCCUGGCGCCCGACGGCUCGCUCAGCCAGCGGGACAUGUUCGACUACCUGCACCUGACGGCCGCCGGCUACGCCGCCGUCUCCAAGCCGCUCAGCGACCUGCUGCUGCAGAUCCUGGAGGAGACGCCCGAGGAGAGGAGGGCCCCACCGGUCUGAGACCCCCCCCCCCCCCCCCGGGGAGGAGGUGGAGGUGUGCAGGAGAGGUGGAGGAGCAGGAGGUGGAGGUGUGGGGCUAGGGGGAAGGAUGUAAGGCCCUGUGUAGAGCGCUGACAAGUGUUCUGCCCCAGCACCGACGGCUCGUGGCCAGCAGGGGGAGACACCCACACGCGCCAGCCAUUAAAGCACGGACGCUGCUGGGAGCUUAUGGUGCGUUUUAGUAUUCUCCGCGAAACCGACUCGGACCUCGGAUGCGACGUCACGCCCACACUUCAAGCGUUUUAUUAUGUUUCGCUCGGUCGUUGGAGAAAAACAUGGGCGCCACCCGGAAAAAGCUGUUGUCGCGGUAGCAUAGGUAGAGAUACGGACGCAGUAAGGCAACGCAGUAACACGAGUGAUUGUAAUUGCCCUUUAAACCACCAAAGCGGUCCAAACACAAUGAAAUCAGUUCAUACCAGUCGCACUGGGCGCAGCCAUCUUGAAUUCUGUCUCGGAAUCCUUGCUCGGCCUCCUCUGAGGUCGUCCGAGCAAGCAAGCGCGCCGUCCGAGGAAAAGGGGCGUGUUCAUGCGUGUCGCUAGGCAACGUCCUCGGACCUCCGAGACGGAUGGAUAAUAAAACGCACCAUUAACCUGACUACAUUCAUUAGGUCAAAGAUAUUACAUUUUCCUCUUAUGCCGUUAUAUUAAAACCGAACCCAUACCACCGUUUCAUUCAAAGUUUUUGUCAGUUUACAUUAAAAAAAAAUAGCGUAAGGGCAAAUAUUUAUAUAGAUGUAAAUGACAAAGACUGCUUGUGGCACACAUUGAACACAUUUCUCUCGGUCAAACAUCUUUUGGAGGAGGUCUUCUGCUCAGUAGAGGGUAGUGCGCACUCCACGACGGCGCCUGGGGGCUUCAGGAGCCCGGUCUGACCGCUAAACUGCUGCUGUCACAGAGUCGCCUCAACACUCCUUAUCUCCUGGGACCUCUGCUUUAACACCUGCAUGGAACCAACUGAGGGAAAACAUCUGUACAGAAAACGGACGAGGACCUCUAGGAAAUGGACAUGAUGAUUUAUUUAGGACAUUUUAUCGAAGACACGCAUGAUCUAAGACUUUGUGUUUCCCCUCCUUCAUACGAAUUCACAGAAGGGUUGUCCUGGUUUCCUAAAGCACCUUUCUCGUUGUCUUUCUGAUUGUCUGUGAUGUCAAGUUGUUUUUCCAGUGCUACUUAGCCCGGCUGCUACCUAGCUGCAGAGAUACCUUGCCGCAGCGCUACCUAGCCGCAGCGCUACCUAGCCCUAGCACUACCUAGCCACAGUGCUACCUUGCCCAAGCUCCACCUCUCCCCAGUACUACCUAGCUCCAGAUUUACCUAGCCCUAGCAACAGAGCUACCGUGCCCCAGCGCUAACUAGCCCCAGCACUACUGAGCCCUAGCACUACCUAGCUCAAGAGCGACCUAGCUUCAGUGCUAGCAAGCCCUAGCGCUACCUAGCACCGAAGGGCUAACUAGCCCUGGAGCUACCCAGCACCUGCCCUGCUGUCUAUACAUAAGCAAUGAAACAGCUAAGCUAGCUAAUAUCACUAAGAAGCCACUGGCGGCUGCUUUAGUCUCACUACGCGCUGUGCACGCUGCAACAGGCAUCACUGUAGUUAUAAUAUUAGCAGGGCCGCUAUGUGUCUUCCCUGUAUUCAUUCCAGCUCACUGUAUGGUUGUGGAGCUGGCGUGGAAUCUUAACGUCUUGUGCUUCAGUCCCAUGUCUGCCGUGGUCCCCAACGCUGAACAAUGUGAAUAUGAUGGCUGACCAACCCUACGGCCCUGAGCCAAGCCUUGCCCAUCACACGUUGGGAUCUCUUGUCUGAAUGUUUGUGACUGAGGGAGGAGGGGGGGGGGGGGGGUUACCUCACCUUGCAGGUGAGGUAACUGUGAGGUGUGUGGAUACUCGCAGGAAGGGACGAGUAACUUGAUGGGAUUGUAUAUUUGUGCUUGUCACCUGCUGAGCACAGCAUUCCAAUAAACCAUGACUGUAAAUAUGA